GUCCACAUGGAAAUUUUUAGGUUAUGUUCAAGUGGUGAUUGUUGUAAUUGUUUGUCGGAAAAUUAUUUAUAACAAUAAAUUACAAAUAUUAAAUAAAAUCUGAUGGAAAUGGAUGGAAAUUGAAAAGACAAUUGACAAUGAAAGACAAUUAACUGAAAUGACAUUUUACUGUCACUAUUUUUAUCAAUUGAGAACAAUAAAUUUGCAAUUAUGUUGUCAAAAUCAAAAAUAUUUGUGACUUGCCAAAUCAGAUGGUGUUCAACAGUGGCAAGACCUCGAUUAACAGAAUCGGUAAAUACUUUAAUUGAUAACAAUGAAAUAAAACACAGGCACCAUCCUGGAAUAAUAAAAAAGAAUGUAAUUUCUCUACCACGGCCAAUUUUUGAUGCUAUAAAACUUGUUUUGGAAGAUUAUCCAAAUAGAGCGCAGAUUAUUGGAGAAAGUGUUGGAUUUGGAGAUCAUUUAUACGGUCGUCAUGUACCUUUAGAAGAGAAGGAGCGAAAAUCGUUAUACGACAAUGCACACGAAAAGUUAUUAAAAAAGAAGAAUUUAAAAGACUUAUCGGUUGAUGAAUUACAUAAAAUAAAGAGAAAAAAUGAAGGAAAGGUUUCAGCUAUCGUAAAGCAGAAGGUCAAUUAUUGGCAGGAAACUAUUUACGAUACACACAAAAGUUUAAUGUACAUGAUUGCUAGAAGUGUUCCAAAUUAUGCAGUUCUACAUUCUAUUUUCAAUGAAAUUCGUAUUCGCGAUGAGAAAUUCAAGCCAAAGAAUGUUCUUGAUUUUGGAUCCGGAAUCGGAAGCACAAUCUGGGCAAUAAACGAACUGUGGCCAAAAGAAGUCAAAGAAUUUGUGAAUGUCGAUAUUUCAAAUGAAAUCAUUUCACUUUCUGAAAGAAUAAUUAAAAUUCUGUAUCCAAAUUUCGAGGGAAUUAUAUAUCGACAGUUUAUGCCAAUGUCAUUACGACCUAAUUAUGACAUCACAGUGAGCGCACAUUCUCUGAUUGAAUUACCAAAUACGAAAACUAGACUAGACGCAGUCAUGAAACUUUGGAAGAAAACAAAAAAUUAUUUAGUCAUUGUUGAAGAUGGAACGAGUGCAGGAUUUCAAAUUGUAUCCGAGGCUCGAGAUUUUAUUUUACAUUUAUCGAAUUUAAAUGAUAAAGACAACAAACCUGUGGAAACUCACGUUUUCUCUCCUUGUCCUCACGAUUUUGACUGUCCAAAACCAAAUAGUUGUUAUUUUGAGGCAGGAUACAAUUCUAUAUCGUUUCUGGGAAAAACGGUGAAACAUCAACGUUAUUCAUACGUCGUAUUUAAGAAAGGUGGCAAAUUAGGAGAUGAUAGCGAUUGGCCUCGAUUAAUUAGUUCACCUUUAAGGCGAGGAGGACAUGUAAUUUGUCGAAUGUGCAAUAGUUCUGGAAAUUUAAAAGAAAUUAUUUUUACGCGCAACAAACAUGGAAAAAAUCUCUAUCGUUGCGCAAAACUUUGCAAAUGGGGUGAUCGAAUUCCAUUAGAAAUGAAUGUUAAAAGUGAUAAAAGUAUAAAUAUUGAGAGCGACAGUAAAAAUAAUGAAAACACGACAGAAAUGAUAGAAAAUGAAGAUUAUAAAGACGAAACUAUCAAAUAGUGAUCAAGAAAUAAAUUCUCCCACCAGUGUCAAAUAUUAUUUGUAAGUAUUUUAUUUUAAUUAUUUACGAAAAGUCAAUAAAUAAUUUUCGAAUUUUUAAAA